UCAGAUAACGGAGGAGAGAAAAUAAAGACGCAAGAAAAAUGCCUUUUGGCGGGUUAUCAGGUUUGAAGGAACAGGUGCUUAAGCCUGGGAAGGAGGAAGUGAAAAACACAGUGGGGGACUCUCUAGGAAAACUGCAAAGGAAAAUAGAUGGUAGCAAUGUAGAAGAAGAGGACAAUAUUGAACUGACAGAGGAUGGGCGUCCGGUGGCAUCAGCAUCACGUCCCGCCCCACUGCUGGACUGCAGCUGCGGCGGUCUGCCCAAGCGUUACAUCAUCGCCAUCCUUAGCGGCCUGGGCUUCUGCAUCUCCUUCGGCAUCCGAUGCAACCUCGGCGUGGCCAUCGUGGAGAUGGUGAACAACAACACUGUCUAUAUCAAUGGGACUCCUGUGCUUCAGCAAGCUCAAUUUAACUGGGACCCAGAGACAGUGGGGCUGAUCCACGGCUCCUUCUUCUGGGGCUACAUUGUCACCCAAAUCCCUGGAGGUUUCAUCUCCAACAAGCUGUUUGCCAACAGGGUGUUUGGGGCUGCCAUUUUCCUGACGUCAGUGCUCAACAUGUUCAUCCCAUCAGCUGCGAGGGUGCACUAUGGUUGUGUCAUGUUUGUCCGCAUCCUGCAGGGCUUAGUGGAGGGGGUCACCUACCCAGCAUGUCACGGGAUGUGGUCCAAAUGGGCACCACCUCUUGAACGGAGUCGACUGGCCACGACUUCAUUCUGUGGAUCCUACGCAGGAGCAGUGAUCGCCAUGCCUUUAGCUGGAGUGCUGGUUCAAUACGUUGGAUGGCCUUCAGUCUUCUAUAUCUACGGCGUUUUUGGCAUCAUAUGGUACGUCAUGUGGCUCCUGCUGGCAUAUGGAAGUCCUGCUGAACAUCCCACAAUCACAGAUGAGGAGAGGAUGUACAUCGAGACCACCAUUGGAGAAACAAUGCGCCAACUGAGUGUGACUGAGAAAUUCAAGACUCCAUGGCGUCGUUUCUUCACCUCCAUGCCCGUCUAUGCCAUCAUCGUGGCCAACUUCUGCAGGAGCUGGACCUUCUACCUGCUCCUCAUCAGCCAGCCAGCAUAUUUUGAGGAAGUCUUUGGCUUCCCCAUCAGCAAGGUGGGGAUCCUGUCUGCGGUCCCCCACAUGGUGAUGACAAUUGUAGUUCCUAUUGGAGGACAGCUGGCUGACUUCUUACGCAGCAACAAAAUCAUGUCUACCACAAAUGUGAGGAAGCUCAUGAACUGUGGAGGAUUUGGUAUGGAGGCUACUCUGCUGUUGGUGGUUGGGUUUUCUCACACUCGAGGCGUCGCUAUCAGUUUCCUGGUUCUGGCUGUAGGCUUCAGUGGAUUUGCCAUCUCAGGUUUUAAUGUCAAUCAUUUGGAUAUUGCUCCUCGCUAUGCCAGCAUCCUGAUGGGUAUUUCCAAUGGGGUGGGAACGCUGUCUGGAAUGGUGUGUCCUCUGAUUGUUGGAGCCUUGACUAAACACAAGACUCGACUGGAGUGGCAGAAUGUCUUUGUUAUUGCGUCCAUGGUGCAUUACUCAGGGGUCAUCUUCUACGCUAUCUUUGCUUCGGGAGAGCAGCAGGAAUGGGCCAACCCUGAGAGCACCAGCGAGGAUAAAUGUGGCAUUAUUGAUGAGGACGAGCUAGCUGAAGAGGCGGAACUCAACAUGGAGAACACGAUGGCUCCCAAAAAGAGUUAUGGAACCACAGACAAUUCAUCUGGUGGCAAAAAGGGCUGGAAAAAGAAGCGAGGGGUCACCAUGCAAGACGAGGAGGAACAUUAUGGGAAUGGAGACUACCAGGAAGGGUAUCAGUGAGACAUACUGUGGGGAAAAGGAAUUUCAAAACACUCAAGUCUAGACGAGGCGGAACAUUUGACUUCACACCUGUGGAAAAGUCAGAAACAUCAGAGAACAACAGGAGCAGCAUCAUCAUAUGUACCUCUCACUUUUUAAGUCCAUUCUCCAGUUUCGCCGUGAUCUUACCAUACUAUAAUGUCAAAAAUGAGACUGUCCUUCCAGAAAAUACGACUCCAUGCUUCGUUUUUGUCAACAACUUAUAGGGCUCGACAGGAAUGAGUUCUUAAACCCGGAAGUAAGUUAGCAUUUUAGCGUCCUGCCGUCUAACCUCUCAAACUCAAUGAAGAUUUUGAAUGGGUUGGUGGUUAGAUGUCUGAAAUAAGGUCCGUGGUUAACACAAACUUAAGAGAUGUUGGUGUUUUGUUGUACCACAUAAAAUACAUAAAUAUAUAAAUACCUCCACUUGUGAACUUUGGAGUUUUUAUGUGUCACAAUACAACAAGUGGCCAAAUGGAACUACAGUGGUUGUAAGGGACAUUAAACAUCAUCAUGCCUGACACGGACGGGAACGCUGUCACUAGUCGCCUCACAGCCUCUGGUUGUGUUCUUCAGUGCUCUUGUCAACUCUUGUAGAUUGUAAAUUAUUUUAAUAAACAAUUUUUUAGGCUACGGAUUCACUAGCUCGUCAAAACCACUGGUUAGCUUGUCGGUGACUUAAGCUAACGGUGACGUUCAAGUCAUGUGACCGUGGUGUAGUUCGCAAUAGCAUAACAUUAGCUUUUUAAUUUCAUCGCUAAUGCUUCAAACAUCAUCAAAGUGGUGUUCAUUUGUGGAGAUUAUCCUGCUGAACAAAACACGUUAGCAUCAGAAACAUGUGUUUGCCACAGAGCUUAUUUUUUGCCAUGAUCCAAAAUGCAAAAAUCCCAUAGGCGAAUUCUCAAUAGACCCCAUGGAGAUGCUACUUCUGGGUUGGCCUACAAAAUUUUUUUUGUUUGCUCUCUAUUAUGACCCAUAUCUUAGUUUGUAGUUAGUGGCGCCCACUCGAGGCUGUAGUCACUAUAAAUGGUGCUGAAAGUGAUAUUAAGGAGUGUGUUUUGUUGCCUAAACCUAAUGACAUUGCAAUCACAGCGUUACCAACAUGUUUAAAACAGCGACCAUUAUGUUUACAUGAGAAUAGCUGAAUUGAGAAUUGAGAACUACCGGUAAGGACGCUCAUUCUUAAAACGCUCCUGUGAGUCGAGGGUAAAACAAACGACAUAUGAGGUCACAUAGUUUGGAGGACAACAUUAAAAAACCUCCAAAAAUACAACAUAGUCUGUGUUACAAAUACAUUGGGGCAAGAAAAUAACCAACAAAUACACAAUGUAAUCAGAAACUGAAUUAAUAAAUCUAAUCUCAACUGACAUAUACUGUAGGCUAGUAUACUUAGUAUAAUAGAAAGUGAACCACAGACCAACAUUCAUGAACAACUUGUGCUGUUGAAUAAACACCAGAAACACAUCAACUUCCAAACCUGACUUUACUUUUCCUGCAACCUGUGCUGAUCAUCUGUGCAAGCGAACGCUGACUGAACUUUAUGUAGCUUCCUUUAAACCCUGUGAACAGAUUUUGUUUUGUGUCAGCUAUGCAACGUAAAAAACAAAUGUGCUUCUGGAAUGUAAUAAUGGGCUUGACAGCAGUGUUAAUAUUAUGCGCCUUAUUGUUCUUUUGUUGUUGUUUUUUGCUUGUAUGUAUUUGCUGUUGUCGAAUAAUUGCACUCUGUCCAGCUUAGCUUGAGCAGGUCUUAGUUCACCAUCCUGUUGUAAUGCACUUCUUCUAGCAUUAUGUCAGCUUCAUUAUUUAUACUGCUCUGAGCUCAUAAUGGGACAGAAUGGAUGGUGAGUUCAGCGCUGACGUUACUCCAUGAAGCAUUUAGUGAAACUUUGUUUAUUGGCCUGGCGUUUGUCUUUUUUGCAAUUUCUCAAUGUUUGAUACAUGGAGAUCCAGUUUGUUUCUCAAAAAAAGAAAGAUGUACUGUAAUGUUUAAUCAUAAAAGAGUUUAGGAAUUUACGCUCACUGUUUAUCAUUACUGCUAAAGAAGAGAAUAUCAAUUUUGUACAGUAAAUUAUUAUGAUAUUGUUUGAGAGAGCAUUGAUUUGAUUUGCACUUUACUUGAACACACGGAGCUGUAAUAAACAACAUUUCUAUUCUGUAUUAAGACUGUUUAGAGAGA